AUGGAGGACAAGUUGAAGCUCGUCGAAGCUGAGUCGGUGAAGAGGUUCGCCUUCUUUGGUGUUGCCGUCUCAACUGUGGCCACAUUGACGGCUAUUGUAGCUGUGCCAAUGCUCUGCAUGUACAUGCAGAAUGUACAAUCAGGCCUACAAGACGAGAUCAAUUUCUGCCGCACCAGGGCUGAAGGACUCCGCGGGGAGUACUCAAAGCUCGAAUCUUUCCGCAAGGUCGAAACCAGAGAGAAAAGGCAAACCUACCAAUGCUGCUCUUGCGGAAUGGGACCAGCAGGACCUGUUGGAAAUCCAGGACAGGAUGGUGCUCCUGGAAAUGAUGGACGACCUGGAGCUCCUGGAGCACCUGGACCUGACGCUCCGAACGAUCACGUUAUUCCACGUCCUGAAGACUUCUGCUUUGAAUGCCCACCGGGACCUGCUGGUGCUCCAGGACAACCUGGACCCAAGGGACAACCGGGCAGCCCUGGUGCCCCUGGAGAUCAAGGACCCAAUGGGCGACCAGGAUCACCAGGAGCGCCUGGACCUCAAGGACCUCCUGGACCCGCUGGAAACGAUGGCCAACCCGGACAACCUGGAGCUCCCGGACAAGUACGCACCGUACCAUCUCCUCCUGGUCCACCAGGACAGCCUGGAGAGCCAGGACCACAAGGACCACCCGGACCUGACGGACGCCCAGGAAACCCUGGAACUUCUGGAUCGCCUGGAGCCCAAGGAGAUCCUGGGCAGGACGGCGCUCCCGGAAAUCCCGGAGCACCUGGAGAGCCUGGAGCUCCUGGAAAAGAUGGUGGUAAGGGAUCAUGCGAUCAUUGCCCACCACCACGAACUGCUCCAGGAUACUAA